GACAGUUGCCUAGUGACGAAAAACUGCGGACGGGUUCUGAUUUCCUGCCUUUUCCACGUCCCCAGCCUGCCGUUUCCAACUUUUCCCAAACAGAUUUCACAUGUUUCCACCCUCUGUGCCGCUGGAUUAUGGGACGAGAUAAGAGCGAAGAGCUUUCCGCGGAGUAACGCUUCAUUGUUUCGGACCCGCGUUAUGAAGCUUUUGAGGGAUGAUGAAUAAUUAUGCUUUCAUCAGGGUCGUUGGGAAAGGGAGCUACGGAGAAGUGAACCUGGUUAAACACAAGACUGACCGACGACAGUAUGUCAUAAAGAAGUUGAAUUUAACCACCUCCUCCAAGCGGGAACGGCGAGCUGCAGAGCAGGAGGCUCAGCUCCUGUCCCAGCUGCGACAUCCUAACAUUGUGAAGUACAGGGAGUCUUGGGAAGGAGCUGACUGCCAGCUGUACAUCGUGAUGGGUUUCUGUGAAGGUGGUGACCUCUAUCACCGCCUCAAACAACAAAAAGGAGAGCUGUUACCGGAGAGGCAGGUUGUGGAGUGGUUUGUCCAGAUAGCCAUGGCGCUGCAGUAUCUUCAUGAGAGAAACAUUCUUCAUCGGGACCUUAAAACACAGAAUAUCUUCUUGACAAAAACCAACAUCAUCAAAGUUGGGGACCUGGGCAUCGCACGAGUCCUGGAAAACCAGAAUGAUAUGGCCAGCACGCUCAUCGGGACCCCUUAUUACAUGAGUCCUGAACUCUUCUCUAAUAAACCGUACAAUCACAAGUCAGAUGUCUGGGCUUUGGGUUGCUGUGUGUAUGAGAUGUCCACGUUGAAACAUGCUUUCAAUGCCAAAGACAUGAACUCACUGGUGUAUCGUAUCGUAGAGGGAAAGCUGCCACAGAUGCCCAGUCGGUACGAUCCACAGCUUGGAGACCUAAUCAAGAGCAUGCUGUGCAAAAACCCCGAAAACAGGCCUGAUGUCAAACUCAUCCUCCGACAGCCCUACAUAAAGCGACAGAUAGCCAUGUUCCUGGAAGCCACUAAAGAAAAAACUGCCAAGUCAAGAAAGAAGGUCGUCAGUGGCGGCGCUGACUGUAGGAGCAACAGUGCAGCUUCUGUGGCGUCAUGUCAGCCAAAACCUGAGAAGCAGCCUCCAAGCCCCAAACCUGAACCUCUUGCCAGGGUGAAACGGAAAGAAGAAAAGCCACAACAGCAGAAAGGUCGAAAUGGCGUGCAAGGCGGCACUUCGCCAAAGUCACCGUCACCACCCAAACCUUCUUCACCCAGCACUCUCCAAGCCAGCAUUGUAUCCAUGACAACGGUCAGCAGCAUUGACGUCCAGCUGCAGCAGGAUGACCACAUGGCGAAGAGACAGGUGCAGACACCCCAGCCGGUCGAGUCAGACCACGGUGCAGCCGGUGAGCCUGUGGCUCACAGCAGAGGACAGGAGAAACCGGAUCUUUCUCCCCCUCCUUCCCCCGUCAGGUCCCCUCUACACGCCGUAUCGGGUGUUUUCCAUAGGGACAGAGAACAGAGAACGGCGUCCAAUGGACUGUUAGACAACAAGUCUCAGGCCACGCCGAACACGGGGGAUACAUUUUCUGUGUCUGGGCAGAAACACGUGUCAGAUAUGGAUGGUAAGGAAGAUACAGCGGAGUUACUCAAAAAGGCUGAUGCGCAGAACUCCAAUUUAGAGAACAUCAGACAGGCUGCGGAGUUAGAGCAUGACGGUAGAAAUGACACUGUGACCCUACUGACUGAAGCAUCAGCACAAUGCCCACAUACCUCAGAUGUUCAAGACAACCUUGAAUCUACAGAAAUGCUGUUGCAACCUCCAGUACUAGAGCCUGUUCGAGAGGAAUCACUCGGAGUGGUCAGUAAACCAAACCAUGCCGUGCCAAGCCAGACUCCUCUGUAUGUUUCAUCUGAACCAUCCAUAUCCAAACAACAGAGAGAGAAACAGAGACGAGCACAGGAUCAGGGCAAGUCCAAGUUUCAGACUCAGAGACCUUUGCCUCAACUUCCUGUUGAGAGUGUGUCAGUGGAACCAAAGAAAAAGAGCAAGAGGAGCACAGAAAGCAGGGAGCCUGUCACUGCAGCCUCCACAUCGGUCACUUCUGACAAGGAUGGCUUCUUAAGGCCACAGGACCGUCCUCUGUCUGCCAGAGAAAGAAGACGACUGAGGCAGUCACAAGAGAGCACCAACCUCUCAGGUGUUGGUGCUUCACGGAGAGCAUCCUAUGACAUCUCUUCCACAACGUCUGAGGACUACAGGGCCCCGGUCAGUCGAUCUGUUUCAGACUCUAUCACUGAGUCUGUCAGUAAGGAUAAACUGCUGGAGCAGAGAUCAGAUGAAGACGAGUGCAGCUCAUCCACAAGUUCCACAGAGCGUUCUGAAGGAGACUGUGGAGAAAGAAAGUCUGAAUCCAACGACAUGCAGGAUUUGGUCCACAUGAUGACUCAGACGCUGAGGAUGGACGUUGAUGGUGUCGGUGACACGGCCAAAAGCAGGCUGGGUUCGACCGCUCUGCCAGAAUUUAAACUGAACAGGAAGUACAGGGACACCCUGGUGCUUCAUGGGAAGGCUCGAGAGGAGGCGGAGAACCUUUCCCUCGGAGAAGUCAUAACAGAGGGCUCUCCGUCUGGACCGACCAAGAUAAGACGAGCUGUAGAACACCUGAGGACGGAUGUGGUGAAAGGCCUCGGAGUCAAGCUGCUGGACAAAGUGCUGGAGACCAUGGAGGAGGAAGAUGAAGCCAAAAGAGAACUGCUCCUUCGAGACCAGAUGGGAGAUGAAAAAUACCAGGCGUAUGCUGUGAUGGUGAGGCAGCUGAAAUUCUUUGAGGAUAUUGCCUUCAAGGUUUAAAAACAUCUUCAUAUAAGGACAUAUACAUUCAACUGUGAAGACUGGCUUUGCGCUGGAGAAGAGGCGUGGAUCCAGGAAGGUGUUGCAUUGCAGAAUUUCUGGUCUUUGGGGACAAAAAGUUUCAUCCUUCAAGCAGAAACAAGAAUUUCGUGUCCUCCCAAAGGACCUCUCAUGCUGUGACAGUUUCCUUUUCAAGUGUAAUAUUCAGAAAUCUGUUCCAUAUUGGUCUCCAUCAUGUUUAAAUGUGUACAUAUUUAUUUUUGUAGUAUAAAUGUAGAAUCUAAAAAUGAUUAGUUUCCAUGAUGCCUAUGCAAAAGAGUUCAGGUCUUUGAACGUACCAUGCUUUUCUAUGUGCUGUAGUGGAAUUAACAGCUUCUCUGUAAUACAAGCCAGGAUUUCAGUAAUUGUUUCAACUAUGCUGUAUUUUUCAAGAGCUAACACUCGCUGCUCUACUGCACUUGUGUAACAAAAUAAUGUAAACUAGAAACAAUGUAGAACUUUAACUAUUUGUAAUAAACAUUUUUCCCAAGUUGAAAAUAUAAAUACUUAUUUUGAUGGCAGCAUAAUAAAUCGAUGGAUUGUUUUGUAUUUAGUCACCAUGCAGAAAAAAAUAUUAACAAAACCCAUAUCUAUAACAGGAAGGCAGAAUCAGUAUUUUUUUUUAAACAUCUUUUAUUUUGGGCUGACAAAACACUGUAACAAAGAGUUUUUAUGAGUUAACUGUGGUUCUUGAGACAAAUCUUCAA